CCUUCUCACUUUCACUUAUAUAUCAAAGAUCUCCCUUGUAUCUCCUCCUCAAAGUUUGAGAGAAACGGAGAAAAUGGAAGUUGAAAUGCAAAGAGAAGACUCCAAAUGGGAAGGCUACGUCGACUGGAGGAAUAGAGCAGCCGUGAAAGGUCGUCAUGGCGGCAUGCUGGCCGCUUCCUUCGUCUUGGCGGUGGAGAUAUUGGAGAAUCUAGCGUUUUUAGCGAAUGCGAGCAACUUGGUCACAUAUCUUACGGAAUUCAUGCACUUGUCCGUGUCCAGAGCGGCUAGUGAAGUGAGCGCUUUCAUGGGCACAGCGUUCCUCCUCGCUCUUCUCGGUGGCUUCCUCUCCGACGCCUUCUUCUCCACUUUCAUCAUCUUCCUCAUCUCCGCCUUCAUCGAGUUUCUGGGACUAAUCCUGCUCACAAUCCAAGCCCGUCGUCCGUCCUUAAUGCCGCCGCCGUGCAAGAGCUCCGCCGCUUCACCAUGCAAAGCCGUCGGUGGUUCGAAGGCGGUGAUUCUAUUCGUGGGACUGUAUCUAGUGGCUCUUGGAGCCGGAGGGAUAAAAGGGUCAUUGCCGUCACACGGAGCAGAGCAAUUCGAUGAGAGUACGUCCAAAGGUCGAAAACAGAGAUCCACAUUCUUCAACUACUUUGUGUUCUGUCUCUCAUGUGGAGCACUCGUGGCCGUGACGUUCGUUGUGUGGCUCGAGGAAAACAUUGGCUGGGAAUGGGGAUUUGGUGUCUCCACUAUUUCCAUCUUUCUCUCUAUUCUCGUCUUUCUCUCUGGUUCGAGUUUUUAUAAGAACAAGAUCCCUCGUGGAAGUCCUCUUACCACAAUCUUGAAGGUUCUUCUUGCAGCUUCCAUAUUGGGUUGCUCGAGUAAAUCUUCGAGUAAUGCUGUUGUGAACUUCUCUGUGAGUCCAUCUAAUUACUUGGUUAGAGAAGAUCAAUCAGAAGAAGGAGAAAAGAGACAUUCUUCUCAGUCACUAACCAAUAGCUUGAGAUGUCUAAACAGAGCGGUGGAGGGCAAAACGGUCCAUAGUAUGCUAGAAUGCACGGUCCAACAAGUGGAAGACGUCAAGAUUGUGCUCAAAAUGCUUCCGAUAUUCGGCUGCACUAUAAUGCUCAGUUGCUGCUUAGCUCAGCUCUCCACUUUCUCUAUCCGCCAAGCUGCGUCGAUGGACAGAAAGAUCGGAAACCUAACGGUUCCUGCAGCUUCAUUACCCUUUUUUCCGGUCGUGUUCAUGUUGAUUCUUGCUCCGAUCUAUGACCAUCUGAUUAUCCCGUUCGUUAGAAGAGUAACCAAAUCAGAAAUGGGUAUAACUCAUAUGCAAAGAAUCGGUGUAGGCUUAGUCCUCUCCAUAUUAGCAAUGGCAGUGGCCGCUCUAGUCGAGGUAAAACGGAAGAGAGUUGCCACAGAAGCUGGAUUGCUUGACUCAAAAGAAACCUUACCAAUCACUUUCCUAUGGAUCGCACUUCAAUAUCUGUUUCUAGGAUCAGCUGAUCUAUUUACAUUAGCAGGAUUGCUAGAGUUUUUCUUCACAGAAGCACCUUCUUCAAUGAGAUCAUUGGCCACGUCGCUCUCAUGGGCUUCUUUGGCAAUGGGUUAUUAUCUAAACUCGGCGAUGGUGCUCAUUGUGAACCGUGUGACGGAGAGUGUAGGAAAAAGCCCUUGGCUCGGUGAAAAAAUUGGCAUCAACCGUUACAGAUUAGACUUGUUCUACUGGCUCAUUUGUUUUCUGAGUGUUGUUAACUUCUUGCACUAUCUCUUCUGGGCAAUGCGUUACAAGUACAUAUCAACUGGUGCCAGAAGCUGAUCUAAUGUACACUCUUUAGUUGAAUGGACUUCCAAUUCUGUUAGAAUGUUUGUGUUUUACUGUGAUCCCAAUUAUUUUCUAUAAGAAGUCUAUAUCCGUUACUAUAUUUUUC